UUCCAAAGCAAAGUUGCCGAAGAAAAUAUAAACCCUUAUAAAUUGAUGUAGUGCUCAAUAAUUGAUGAGACAAAUUGAGAAGAAAAAUCUUCAAUUGUGACUCCUCAACCCACUUGAUUCACCCCAACUCAAUAAUUUUAGCCACCAGUGUGUAGAUAACUUAAGCCAAAACAACUCACCAAUUCUUUUGGAUACCACCUUCCAUAUAUUGAUAUUGCAAAAGAUAGUUAAAUUUCAUUCCGAAACAAUGAUCAACAAAGUAGCAGUUCUAUUAGUUGUUUUGCUUUUCAUCAUUGCUGCUUUGGCUUCUGAUCCUGAUCCAGUAAUGGACUUUUGCAUAGCCAAAUCACCAGACAAUAGCUUCAGUUGCAAGAACUCAUCUACAGCAACAGUGGAAGAUUUCACCUAUUCUGGCAUAAAGUCUCCUGGGAACUUCAAGCAAACUGGAUUCUCUUCUAUGGCAGUGAAUUCGAAUGUCUUUCCGGGUUUGAACACUCUUGGUGUGUCAUUUGUGCGAGCAGAUUUUGGUGUUGGCGGCGUCAAUGUGCCACACUUCCAUCCAAGAGCAACAGAGGUUGCUUUUGUGCUGGAAGGAAAAAUUUAUUCAGGAUUUGUGGACACCAACAACAAGGUUUUUGCCAAAGUAUUGGAGAAAGGAGAGGUCAUGGUGUUCCCAAGAGGCCUAGUGCACUUUCAGAUGAAUGUUGGAGAUAGGCCUGCUACCAUUUUGGGCAGUUUUGACAGCCAAAAUCCUGGCCUGAUGAGGAUUCCUAAUGCAGUUUUUGGUUCUGACAUAAAGGAGGAGCUUUUGGAGAAGGCUUUUGGACUGAGUUCUAAGGAGCUUUCCAAGUUGAAGAAGAGGUUUUCUCCUAGUUAAAAUGCAUUUUCUGUUUAUGGAGACAGUGGAAAAUUUAACAUGAUACCUAUUAUUGCAGAAUGUUGCUGAUGAUUAGUUGAAAAUACCCCCAUCAAUAGAAAGCUAUUGGAUUGAUUUGUAGUUAAUAAUUAUUUUUUAAUAAUUCAGCCUUUCUUACUUAAAGGGCUGAUUUUAGAGCUAGAGUUAUUUAGUAUAGAAGUUAUUCCAUUUUAAAAUUUCACUUCCCUUCAGUUAAGGAAGGAGCUUAAGAGGAGUUUGAACUGAUUAGAACUUUAUUUCCAACUUCUUGCUUUUGUCUUCUGAACAUAUUCUAAAGUCAAUGCAGUCAUUGACAUUUGGUUCAAUUAUACACGUUUGGCACAAAAGCUAAAAAUCAAAGGAGUGGUUGUGGGCAUGU